AUGACUAAUAUAAAAUUAUCUUUAAUGAAAAUUCGACGCCAAGACAGUUUUGAAACAUUAAGUGAACAGUUCGGAAGGAGUGUAAGCAACGCUAGCAUUAUUUUUAAUAUAACAAUUCUGGUAUUGACACAUAUUUUGAAAAAGCUUGUUUACAUGCCUGAGCUUGAUAAUAUAAAAAGAAUACUACCGAUAGCAUUUAGAUCUUCUUAUAGUCAUGUGGUAGCUAUUUUUGAUGCAUUUGAGAUUCAAAUCGAGAAACCUAGUGAUUCAGAGCAUCAAUCAUUAACUUGGUCAGAGUACAAAAAGUGUAAUACUUUAAAAUAUUUAAUAUCUUGCACAGCGGAUGGCUUUAUCAAUUUCAUCUCAAAAGGAUUUGGAGGUCAAAUUUCAGAUGAAUUUUUAUUUCAGGAAAGCGAAAUAGUAGAAGAGUUACCCGAAGGUUGUGCUGUAAUGGCUGAUCGAGGAUUCAAGAAUAUUGUUCAGCUUCUUCAAGAUAAAAAUAUUGAAUUAAUUCGACCACCUUCAGUGAGUGCUGGAGUUAAAUUAUCACAAUCCGAUGUUUUACAAGGCAAACGAAUCGCUGCUAGACGUAUUCAUAUAGCACGCGUGAUUGGACGAAUGAGAGAGUUUGAUUUUCUCAAACCUCAUACGGUUGUUAAUCAUAAUAUGUUACCUUUAACAGACUAUAUUGUUAUCAUCGCAGCAGCACUAGUCAAUUUACAAACACCUAUAAUUUCAAGUUAA